UGUCAAGAGACCCGAAGGACUGCUACUUAUAUGGCAAAACAAGUAGACUGUAGGGGGCGCGGCUCACGGUUUUGCCGCAUGAUUAUUUUGAAGGCUUCCACGCAUCGUGAUAGGGUUUGCAUGGCAACAUAAUAUAUACUUUUCCUUUAAAUGCAAAUGAGAAAUAACUCGUUCUUCCAAAUUUUCUUCACAUUUAUUGCACCACGAGGUAUUCACACAAGCAGCAGAUGUUUGGCUUUCACAAGCCAAAGAUGUACCGGAGUUUAGACGGCUGUUGCAUCUGCCGCGCCAAGUCCUCCAGCUCGCGCUUCACCGACAGCAAGCGGUACGAGAAUGACUUCACGAGCUGUUUCGGAUUAUGUGGAACUCGGUCUGGAGAAAUCUGCAAUGCCUGUGUACUCCUGGUGAAACGAUGUAAGAAACUCCCAGUGGGGUCUAAGAAAAACUGGAAUCACGUGGUUGAUGCCCGAGGAGGCCCCAGCCUAAAGAUUUCCUCCAGGCCAAAGAAACGGAAGUCCCUCUCCAAGAGAGCCAUGCCAAUCCAGAUCAGCCGACUGCAGAAAGAGCUAAAGAGGAACAACUCUGAUGCCCACAGCACCACGUCCAGUGCCUCCCCGGCCCAUUCUCCCAGCUACAGCAACCCUUCAGAUGAGGGCUCCGACACAGAGCUCUCCCCAGGCUCCAGCCGCUCCCCUGUCUUCUCCUUCCUGGACCUCACCUACUGGAAGAGGCAGAAGGUGUGUUGUGGGAUAAUCUACAAGGGCCGCUUUGGGGAGGUGCUCAUCGACCCUCACCUCUUCAAGCCCUGCUGCCGCAAGAAACGGCAACAGCAGCGGCAGGAGCUGGAGGAGGAGGAGGAAGAAGAGGAGGAGGUUGUGGAAGAGGUAGAAGUGGCGGAGGAGGUGGUGGUGAGGAAGGAAGAUGAGGUGGAGAAAGAGGAGGUGAGGUCAAACAGCCAGGAGAGCUCAGAGAGUCCUCAGCUACAGGUCAUCAUGACAACAUCUCAGACCAAAGGGGAGGUUGAGGAGGAAGACUGGGGAUAUUGCACCACAGUGUGAGCAUCUUUGAGGAAGCCUACGGAGUGCUUCUGGUUUACAAGCUCUUACAAGAAUAAGUUACCGCUGAUUGCCUUUAGUCAGCGAGCAGCUGAAUCCCGUCAUUUUGUUUGUUUUGUAACUUAUAGACUGACUGAGGCAUAUGGACUAUUUUUUUCCCAAUUCAUCUGAUCUUGUAUUGUCCUGGGUUCGUCUUCAUUAGGCUUGGGCAUGCAACGGAAAAUGUUUGAAAACGUUUUGCAACGGAAAAUGAGCAUUUUAUUAUUGGGCAAGUCCAUGUAGUCCACUCCGUGUUGCAAAUCCAUUUUCUUCCGUUUGGUGCCUUAUGAACACAACCCAGAUGUUCGGACACCUCUUGGUGUUUUUCUCCUUGACAUAAAAUGCUGUAGUUUUGACUGAUCGGCAGAAUACCUUAAUUAACAGGUAACAGCCGUACAGUAGCACCUGUAUUAUCGUGAAACAAAUUCACAUUCACACUAUAUUUAUCUAUUCUGUAAAUAUGGGCCUGUAUGGAUUUCUACAUGGGCCACCGUCGAGAGCCUGUUCACAGCACCAACAGCCAAUACACCAGCCUUAAUUUAGUGAGGGAAGGCAGUGCUAGUGUUUUGUCAGUUUUGGUACUUAGGGAUGAUAUUAAGGGAAAAUGUUAAAAUUGAAACUUCAUAUUCAUCAUCUCCAGCACCACACCAACAUCCGUGUGUAAACAGCGUUUCUUUCUUUUGUGUACUCAAAAAGAUGCACACCAGAAAAUAUCAUAUUAUGGAUGAUGUCAUCUGGAUUUUAGCAGACGCUUUUAUAUGUAUAUUAUUAUUAUGUGGUUAGCUUAUACGUAAAAUACCUAUCCAGGUGUUGUAAGAUCUGGCAGGUGUCAACAAUGCCUGGGCAGAGGAACGCGACCAAUUUCAAAAGUGUUUCCCGAAUGAUGUCCUCAUCUUUUGUUACUACAAAAUAUAGAAAUGGGCUGUUUUUAUAUAUAGUAUGUUGAUGUUUGGGUGGUGGAGAUGAUGAAUAUGAAGUUGAAAAUGGUGAAAUGUCCCUUUUUUAAGGCAAUAGUUAGUGCUAGAUAGGUAGUUUGAGUUUUCUCCUGCUUAUUAUGUUAACGUUUGCAAUGGAGGCCUAAGGUUAUAAAAAUGAAGUAAAGCAACACUAGUGUGCUUUGCAUAAAUGCCGAAGAAAUAACCCAUCUCAUCCAAAAGAUCUUUAGAUCAGAUGCAUGAGUCAAAUAAGCUAUUUCAUGGCCUUAAAAGCAUAUUACUCUUAUUUUCAAUCUUGCUCUUAUUUUCCAGACCCAAUGCCCCAAAGUAUUUUUUAUUUCUAUAUUAUAUAUAAAAAAUGUCUUCACCAUAUUAUAAAUCAGCAAAUACAAUAGUAACCUGUAGAUUGUGAACUAUUCCUCCUAGAGGCCGAGCUGGAUACCUUUUUGUUUAUUACUGUCAAUAAUGGGACAUGAUUAUGUCAUUACCACACACAUAGUGGAUCUACUGCAACAACUUCGACCUACAAUGCAAUGAAAUAACCCACAUCAGCACAACUCGAUCUGUCCCUCCUGUUGUCAAAAACAGUGUUUUUUUUGUUAUUCUGUGGAAUUGUUAUUUUCUUUUAUUUUAUAUUCUAUUUUUAUUUUGUCUGCAGGACUUCCGUAUAAUUUAAACUUCAUGAUACAUAUGUCAAUUCUAUUGAUCGUUAUUUAGGCAUUUUAUACUUUUGAGGACUUACUAUCAUGUUCAAAACUUAGAAUUCAUCAUUCCUUGGUUAGUUAAGCAACUACGAUAUACUAGCCUACAUUAUCAAACAAAAACCAAAGCACACUUAAAUUCAUUCAAUUUCAAAUGCAAAAUAGGUUAAAAAGGACACUAAAAUCAGUUUUUAAUUAUCCAUACUAUCGGGAAGAUUGUAUGUAUAUGGACAUAUUUCAAUGGGGGUUGAGGGCUUUCUAAUUAAAUGUUUGUUAUUUAUUUCAUAUUGACUCGGUACUGGUACUUCCUGUGUACUGUUAUAGCUAUGUUAUUUUCUACUUCCUAUACAGCUAUGUUUAUUUUAUUUGUUGUUCACUGUAUUUAUUCCUCGUCACUAUUUAAUUUUUUUCUUAUAUUUUAUCUCUGCAUUGUUGGAAAAGGACCCAUAAAUAAGCAUUCCACUGUUCGUUUGCACAUGUUGUAUGUGACUAAUAAACUUCGAUUUGUAUUUGCGCAUUUUCCCCAUGUGACUAUUCUGAAGCUGGUUUCUCACUAUGUAAUAACUUAGAUUUCACAUUUAAAGUUGGUUAGUUCUGUGAUAUGGUUAGCAUUUCAUGUAGUUCUUAAAAAGCAAUCAGUCUAGUCUGAAAUUCACAAUUAACAGUAUUUGUGAAUUUUUGGGAACAAUACUCAUUUUUAUUUGAUCAACAUUAAUGUGUAGUAAUUUAUUCUGUAAUAUACUGUUCAAGAAUUUGAUUGGACCUGUUUCUUUGUAUCAGGUAUCCAGCCUGUUGAACUAUGAAUUUCAGUGAUUUGAGGUAGCCUUAUAUUCCAAUUUUACUUUCCUCAUCUUUGCCCUGUAAUGUUGCAUAUGACCUGCAAGUCGAAUCUUCGCUUUAGUGCUUCAUGCAUGUAUUGUAGCUAUGCAAUUGCAUUUAUUUACCAAGUUAGAUCUAGACAAAGCAAUGUUUUGUGUUUUAUACAUGAUGUACUUUUUUUGUACUAGUCUUUCAAUAAAAGUAAAUUGUGAUUUUGA